AUGCUGGCUGCGGAGAUGAAGAAGACAUCUUCCCCGACUUCAAAAAUUUACGAAAAAUGGGCCAUCUGCAAGGCGCAAAUCACCACAGCGCGCUUCCCAACCCUCCAAGCUCCCACCGGCGGCUGCGUCCGCUACUACCGAGGCAUCGAUAUGACUGGUGUUGUCACUGAGCUACACUUCUACUUUAAGGAUGGCUUCAGAACAGCCUGUGACUGCGCCGCGAAAUGCCUGGAACGAUCCGACAGUUGUAAUAACUGGGUUUGGAAACACACCUUCAUGGAGGGCGAUAGCGGCAGGAGGUCUUGCACGCUCUACAGCAGCCCCAACUUGCCGUCCAAUGUGACGCUUGCGUACAAUCUGGCGAACAGCAGUGGCUUUGAGCCGCUAGAUCCUGCGAAUAAUCCGCAAGCUGGGGGCCCUUCGCCGUUGACAUUCUUGGAUGCGAAUAUGACGGUGCCGGACCCAUUUGGGGUGUCUGGGUUUACGGCCAUAGAUCAGAAUGGUGCUCUUUAUUGCUAA